AUGUUCCUUAUCUCUGAAACAACCACAGAAAGAAGAAAACGGCUGUCAGAGAAGCUCUCGGAGGGUGAGAAAGAAGCCACUAGGAACAGAAAAGCAAAAGUCCUGAAGUGCCUUGAGAGUCUCUGUAAUGAUGCCUGUGAUGAGGAUAACAUGCCCAAUAUCGCUGUCCUAGGAUCAGGCGGAGGUCUGCGGGCCAUGAUAGCCUUUCUGGGAACCUUGGUGGAGCUGAAGAAUCAGGGCCUGUUGGACGCUGUCAUGUAUCUGUGUGGGGUAUCGGGUUCCACCUGGUGCAUGUCCAACCUCUACAAAGACAAAGACUGGACAGAGAAAGUGCAGGUCUUGGAAAAAAGCCUGUGUGAUACACUUCACAAUUCAGUUCCUAUUGAAAAGGAGUUUACUAUUGCGAUAAAGGCAGCUGAAGAUGAACUCUUCUCUCUGACUGAUGUCUGGGCAUCUUUCUUUGUCUAUUCUGCAUUGAAGCAGUAUGAGGAGACCAAAUUAUCUCAACAUGAUGAUGCCUCCAGAAAUGGCAAAAAUCCUUACCCUAUCUAUGCAGCAAUAGAAGCAGACCAAUGGGGCAAAGCAGGUGAAAACAGCCCAGGGACCUGGUUUGAAUUCACCCCCCAUGAAUCUGGCUUUCCCGGUCUGGGGGCUUUUGUGUGCACUGAAGACUUGGGAAGCAAAUUCAAGGAUGGGAAUCUGAAAGAAAAGAGGGAUGAGAAAAAUAUCUGCUACCUGCAAGGCUUAUGGGGAAGCGCCCUUGGAAACAGAGCUGCAAACAAGAAAUAUUUAAUAGACUGUCUUAAGGAAAAAUUCCAAAAACGAAGAGAAGAUUGCAAUGAAGUAGGUAAAGCAGGUACUGAUUGCACUUGUGCACAUUGUCAGGGUGUCCACCACCUCUUGGAACUUCAUGUUCAUGCCUCAGCAGGGAAAGACUGUGAAGGAGUCUUCAGGCAGCUGAAGGAAGUGUUGAAAGAGGAGAAUAGCAAGAAUUCCUACCUGAAGUGCUGUGAAGUGAGUGAGACCUGGCAUUUGAAGACCUUGGAAGAAAGGAUUACAGAGUUCGCUCACCUCAUCAGGAUUUUUGAAAAUGAACUUGGAGGUACUGAUUGCACUAGUGCACACCAUUGGGGUGUUCUCCUCCUCCUUCUGGAGCUCCACGUUCAUGCCUCAGCUGGGAAAAACUGCGAGGGAAUCUUCAGGCAGCUGAAGGAAGUGUUGAAAGAGGAGAAUAGCAAGUAUUCCAAUCUGAAGUGCUGUGAGGUGAAUGUGUCCUGGGAUUUGAAGAGCUUCAAAGAGAGAAUGCUGGGGUUCGCUAAACUCAUCUGGACUUUUGCAAAGGAACUUGGAGGAUAUGUACGCCCUGUAUGGAAAUUCUUAUGGAAAACCGUGACCUGUAUCUACCACUGGACAUGGGGGUACACCAACAACUUUCUGUACAAAGAUAGAAAAGCCCAAUCCACUGGACUGACCAACAAAGAAUUCAUCUAUUUGAUCGAUGCCGGCCUUGCCAUAAAUUCCGCCUACCCGCUCGUUCUGCGCCCAGAGAGGAAAGUGAAACUGAUCCUCUCCUUCGACUUCAGCUCCGGGGAUCCUUUCGAAACCAUCAAGAAAACUGCCAAGUAUUGUGAGACAAAUAACAUCCCAUUUCCUGAGAUAAACCCAGAAGAGACUAAGGACAUUCAUAACCCAUCUGACUGCUACAUCUUCAAAGGAAAAGAUGUUCCUACCGUCAUGCACUUCCCUCUCUUCAACAACAAAAAUUGUCCAGGUAAAAUAGAGCACUUCAGAAAAAAGUUUUACACCUUUAAAUUGUUCUACCAUGAGGAAGAUAUCAAAGAACUCCUCAGUAAAGCGAAGAUGAAUGUAUCCAGCAACAAGGAGAGGAUUCGAGAGGAGAUCCAGCAGAUUGUGUCCUCCUCCACCAAGGAGUUUUAAAACCACAUGACUGUUUGGCUCAUACUCAUGAAGGGCAGAAAACCUUGCCUGGCUCUGCCUUGCACAUUUCCAGCAAGGCUGUUCACUGUGACCAAUUAGAACUUAAGUGCAGCAGGGAGGGGUUAGUUUCCCUGUGUUAGGUGCCUAAAUUCCUUUGUGACUCUAACUUCCCUGUAGGUGCCUGAGUCCCAGAGUUAGACACCACUGGGAUUCACAAAACUCUUGCUCAGCUGAUGCAGAACCCUGUAGCACCUAAACUCCCUCAGCACCAAAGUUGUUUCAGUAAAAUUUCCCUGGGUGUCUAUGUUUCAGUCCUGGGGCAUGUGCACUGAAGCCACCAUCGUGGUGUCCAGAUGCCUAAGCCCCAGAGUGAUUCCCAACCUGGGAAAGACAGCUAUUCCUCUGCCUACCUCACCUGUGCAGCCUGAGCCUUGGUGCGAGAAGGAGGAAGAUGUUCUCCCUCAGAACUGUUAGCCCAGUAGUCAGCGUACUCAGCUAGCAUGGAGGAGACCCCAGGUCAAGUCCCCUCACUGCCUCAGAGGGAGAAGGGAUUUGAAGAGACAUCUGCUACCUCUGAGGUGAGGGCCCUUGUUACUGGGCAGCGGGAUAGUGUCAUAGUGCAGGAGUGUCAGCUUCAAUCCUCCUGUUGAAACUUUUCCACUGCUUAUUAAAGGGAAAUUUGGCCAGAAAGAGAUACAGAACAAGGGUGAGAAGCAUUAUGGCUGCAACACUCCCCUCUGAGUUCACAGA